CCCAGCCAGCUUUCUAUCAACUUCUGUCUCAUCUCGGAGCCAGAAAACAGACGGUAUAGUGUUAUACAGUAGCAGUACUUUCCAUCGGCUGCUCCGCCGCUCACCGACUCAGACAUGUUUCAGAUGGGUAGCCGGCCGCGAUAUAUAACUAGCAUCCAUCGAUGCGAGGGAAUUUUGUGAACGUCGAUUUUCACGAUGGAACCACUGCCCGCUCCUCUAGACGGCACCCUUCUCACUUUGCUCGACUUUGUCGACUUUCAUGCCGAGCACAACCCCGACAGGCCAUGGCUGGUAUAUCCUUCUCCGAAAUCGGAUGGAGGGCUUGCGGCCGUAACGUUCAAGGAAAUGGCAGUAGCCACGCAUCGAAUUGCCUCAGAACUGCGUCCUGGCAAACAAGAGCUUGACAACGAGGUAUUUGCCAUCGUUCUACACACCGACAACGUCGUGUAUGUUGCAGUCAUGCUGGGUAUACUGAGGGCUGGGUUUGUCCCUUUCCCCAUAUCUCCGCGGAACUCCCCUCAGGGCAUCUGCCACUUGUUGCAAGCCACUGCCUGCCGCCGCGUUCUGUUUAAUCCCCCAAUGACAUCGUUGAUCACGCAAGUAAAUGAAGCGGUGACCGAGAAGGGCAUCACGCUUCAGCUCGAGGAGCUUGCCAUGCUGCACGUCGUACUGACGGAUCUUACGCAAGGGGUGUUGGCGAACGCUACUUCCUUUGAACCGUAUCCGGCAAGUAGGAAGCCCGUUUCUCUAGAUGAUCCUCUGGUAUAUUUGCACUCGUCCGGCUCGACUGGACUCCCGAAGGCCGUACCAUUCAAACAUAUUCAGGUAGUUCAGAGCCUGCGACGCAAUAUAUUCGGAUCUGGCCGCCGCAAGCUUCGGUUUGGCGGAAUGGCGUUGCCGACGUUCCACUCUAUGGGUAUGCUACUGCAAAUUUUCUUCCCACUGUGUAGCUUGAAGCCCGUGGCGGUAUAUGCGCCCCAGUAUCCCAAGCCGCCAGUUGUGCCCAGCCCCGCUUCAAUCCUAGAUGUCUGCAAGCUUGCCAAAUGCGAAGGGCUCAUCGCAACGCCUUCAUUUAUUGAGACUUGGUCACACUCGCCUGAGACGGUCGACUACCUCCAGACGCUUGAAGUCCUGAUUUAUGGUGGCGGUCCUCUCUCGGUCACUAUCGGCGACAAGAUGGUCUCCGCUGGCGUGCCACUCUACGCGGGAUUCGGAGGCUCCGAGUUCGGGAACCCAUUGCUGUCCUGGGACGAAGUGCCGCCGUCGGAUCUGCGUUACUCGCUCGACUGGAGCUGGUUUCGCUUCUCGAAGGUCCCCGAUAUACAGAUGGAACCCCAGGGUGACGAGACAUAUGAGCUGAUCGUAUAUGAUACGGACGAGUUCAAGGUCAGGGUUGGCAACAUCCCUGGUAAAAGUGGGUAUGCGACUGCCGAUCUGUUCGAGCGACAUCCGACUAGGCCUGACUUGUGGCGGAUCGUUGGUCGUAAAGAUGACGUCAUCACUCUAAGCACCGGCGAAAAAAUCGUCCCCCUAGCUCAGGAAGGACACAUCAUCUCGAGUCCGCUCGUCUCGGGGUGUGUCAUGUUUGGCCGCGAGCGUGAGCAGGCCGGCAUCCUAGUGGAGCCAAGCGCAAGCCACGCCAUUGACCCGGCUGACAGCGCCGCUCUCGCAGAAUUUCGCAAUAAGAUUUGGCCAGUCGUGGACGAAGCCAAUGCGCGAGCUCCGGCAUUUGCAAGGGUGUUCAAGGAAAUGAUCAUUGUCACGGACUCGGCACGGGCGUUGCCCCGAUCUGCGAAGAAUACGAUCAUCCGAAAGCAAGCUACGUCACUGUAUGUGAAGGAGAUAGAUAACCUGUACUCGACUAUCGAGCAAAGUAGGAACGACGAAAGCAUCCCUCCACCCAAGAGCUGGAACGAGGAGGUGCUUGUGCCCUGGCUACUCAAGUGUGCAAGCUCUGUAGCUUCCACGCAAACCAUAGACCCCGCCACGAACCUCUUUCAUCAGGGUUUUGAUAGUUUAAGCGCGACGUUCCUUCGCAAUCGUAUCAUCGGUGCUCUACACUCGUCUGACGACCCCAUUAUGCAAGCUGCGCUGAAGAACGUGUCCUCGAACUUCAUCUUCGAGCACCCUGCAAUCAACGACCUCGCCGCCACCUUAGCUUUGUUCGUGGUUCCUGCCACUAUCAACGGCCACACAUCGACAGUUGAUAGGCUGAAAGUAGAGGUCGAGGCUCUCAUUGCAAGAUACACCGCGGACAUACCUCCGGCGAAGAUCUCCAAUGCAACACCAGAGGCCGGUAUGCCCGUGGUCUUGCUGACUGGGUCAACAGGAAACAUAGGCUCGCACAUUCUUGCCCGCCUCCUGUCGGAGAGCCGGAUACAGAGGGUGUAUGCGCUCAACAGACCUUCUGAAAUUGACGCCGCGACUCGCUUGAAGACCGCCUUCACCGACCGCGGCCUACCCGCUAAGCUGCUCGAGGACCCAAGGCUGAUCUGCAUAGAAGGCGAAGUGUCCCGCGACCACUUUGGGCUCGACGAGCAGGUGUACCGUGAGGUUAUGCGGUCCAUCACGCAUAUCAUUCACAAUGCCUGGAUGGUCAACUUCAACCUUUCCGUCGAGACGUUCGAGAACCACAUCGCCGGCGUUCGCAGGCUGGUCGAUAUAUGCGCAUCUUUGGAUCACCGCGUGAAGCUCCUCAUGACGUCGUCCGUCGGCGUUGCGCGCGGCUGGGACAGCAGCAAAGGCCCCGUUCCGGAGCAGCCCCUUCCCGAGCUGAACUUUGGUGCCUGCAGCGGGUAUGCCGCGUCGAAAUACGUGGUCGAGAAGAUACUGCAGGCAGCCAGGGAGCGCGGCCUGGCGGCAACAAUUGUGCGGAUGGGCCAGGCGUGCGGGCCUAAAGAUACUGGCGCGUGGGGCACGACCGAGUGGUUCCCGAUCAUGGUGAAGUCGAGUAUCACACUUGGGCGUCUGCCCGCCACGUCUGGGCCCGUCUCAUGGGUCCCGCUAGACGCGAUUGGAGGCGCAUAUGUCGACUGGAUCCUAGACGAAGCACUCCUGCCCGCACUAGUGAACGUUGUCCAUCCGCAACCUACGUCGUGGGACGUCGUCUUGAAGGGCAUACGCGAGGCGCUUGGAAGCGACCUGCCCACCACCCCAUACGCAGAGUGGCUCGCUGGGCUGGAAUUGCACGCGGACAACGCAACACUUCAGGACCUUGAGAGCCUCGUAAGUCCUCCUGCGCUUAAGAUCUUGGGUUUCUUCCGCAGCCUGGACUCUGCGAAUCGCGGACUAGUUGAGGGCGUCCCGGACGUUGAGGGACCAGUCAGCAGCGCGUUUGACACCGCGGACCUCCGGCGAUCUAGCCCUACUAUGCGAGAGCUUCAGCCUAUGUCUGAGGAACACGCGCGCUCGUGGGUACGAUUCUGGAGGGCUAAGGGGUUCAUAAUGGCAGCGAAAUCGUAGAAAACAAGGCUAAUGGAGCUAUUCAGAGCCAGAUAGAGCUACACAGGAAUACAUGGUAGCUCUUGCCCGAGUCUACUUAGUGAAACGACUGCAUGCCUUUCAUGAUGUGUCGCCACAC